AUGUUCAUAGACUCUCAAAACUCAUUUUCUUCAACCUGCAGGAAAAUCACUCCAAAGAAAUCUCACUUUUUCAAACCAAUUCUUCCAGGCUUCAAAAAUGGAAUUAAAAUUCCUAUAGGUUUCUUGAAAUAUCUGAAGGGGUACGAGCACAUCAAAAGUUCUGUACUGAAAAGGGGUGGUAAGAAAUGGCGGAUUAAGCUGAAUGAACAUCGAUUCAAAGAGGGUAAUUGGGGAAAAUUUGUGGAGGAGAAUGAUCUGCAAUUGGGAGAUUUGUGUUUUAGACAUGAAGGAAAUAUGGAAUUUGAGGUUUCUAUACUUGAUUCAAGUCAUUGUGAUAGAGAAUAUGCAGAGUAUCUGCAGGAAGAAGGAGGAGGAGGAGGACGGACUGUUGAGGAAAUUUCGAAGAAAUUUGAAUUUAAAGAAGCUGCUACUCGCAACUGUUUUGGCCAAUCUCAUGUUGUAUGCAAAGUUAGAGCCUAUUGCCUUUCAAAAUGUUACUUUCGCCUUCCUGGAAAAUUUGCAAGGGCAAACGGUCUCAUAAACAAGAAAUGUGCUUUGAUUAUUAGAGAUGAAAAACGAAGGUCAUGGAUUUUAAAGCUAUAUACCUCAUGUUCACAAGUCUAUAUUGGAGGUAGAUGGGCUGAACUCCGCAAUGCCAAUGACAUAAAGGAGGGAGAUCAUAUAACAUUCAAGGUUGUUGCUAAUGGAGAAAUGCCAAUAUGGAAAUUCUGUACAAAUAUAACAGAAACAUCAAAGUGCAACAUCAUGUCAUCACACAAUGAUUUUCGCAACAUAGAAGCUGCGAAGGACAUUACUCUCUCUCACCCUCAUUUCGUUUGUACCAUGAAAUCAUAUUUCCUUUCGAAGUGUUCUCUGCGAGUUCCAGUCUCAUUUGCACGCUUAAACGGUCUUAGAUACAGGACAUGUACGAUAACAAUAAGAGACAAGCAAUGGUCAUGGACAUUUAAGCUAUAUGUCCAUGGGGUAAACACCUACAUUGUAGGCGGAUGGCGCAAGUUCUGCAUUGUGAAUUGCUUAAAGGAAGGAGAUUACUUGAUCUUUGAGAUACUUGCCAACGGAGAGAAGCCAAUAUUGAAGUUUCAAGAUAUGAGAGGACAUGCAUGACCUCAGCCCGAAGGAAAGAAGAUCAAUUUGGACGCUAAAAGUGUUUCCACAGAAGGCGUUAAGAUUAAGACCUCAUACGUGACUGCUCCAAAAGCACAAGUACCUGCUUCAACAUCUGCUAAUGAUGCUAACCCUCAUUUUAUUUCCAUUAUUAAGCCUUAUUCCAUCUGCAAACAUUUUCUGUAUAUUCCAUUGGCUUUUGCAAAAUCAAAUGGCUGGAUGAACUAUAUGUUGUGAGAUGAUUCUCAUGGAUGAACAACAGAAAUCUUGGUCAGUUCGACUAGGGCCAGUGUCAGAUCAUCACAUCAGAAUUCACAUUGGAUGGCAAAAGUUCAAAGAAGCAAAUGAUGUCCAAGUAGGAGAUAUUUAUAGGUUUGAUAUUAAUCUACCCACACCCAAUGUUUAGUGUUUAAACCAAAUCAAUAAAUGCACGAUAAGUGUCGUUCAUUCACACACAUUUAUCACUUAACCUUGGUUAAUUUAACUUUUAGGUGCUAAGGUUAAAUAUCUUGAUUUGAUGUAAACAUAUGUGGCGUUAUGCAUUUUCCUAUUUUCAUGAUCUUCCUCCGUGCAAUACAUCAUGCUUUUAAACUCCUUUUCAUAUGGAAA